AUGCUCAAGAAUACAAUAUGCGCAUUACGUUUAGCUUUUCCAUUAUUACUUGUUCAUAUGGCUGCACUACCAUUUGUUCUUGGUGGGCUAGCAGUAGCUGGCGGUAGUGGCAAAUUAAUUUGGGAUAAAUUUAAGAAAGUGCCACCAAAUACACCAUAUGAUAUUGUCGUUCGUUUGAAUAGCCUUCUUGCAUUAAAAACAUCAGGAUGGGACAUUUUACUCAGUGAAAAUGCGAGAAGCGCUUCACUGCAAGAUUCAACAGCGGACAAUGCUCGUGGUUUAGUUGUUGGAGUACUUGGUUCAUACAAUCGUGGCAAAUCAUUUUUGCUCAAUUUACUCUGUCUUUCAAAACUACCUAGCGGAAAUUUGAUUAGUACCGAAGGUAUUUCAAUCACGAUACCAAAGAAAACUGGUGAAAAUGUCAUUUUCAUUGAUACCGCUGGCACUGACACAGCUAUCCCAAAAGAUAAACUUGCUGAUAAGAAAGCAACUGAAGCUCUUCUAAGAGAAGUAGCUCUCCAUUUAUCUUCAUUUAUUAUUAUCGUUGUUAAUCGCUUACGAGCUACUGAUCAAACAUACAUUCAACAGGUAUUACAGCAUGCUAAAAAAUCCCAACAGGAAAAAGAGAUCAUCAUUGUUCAUAAUUUAAUGGAUGUGGAAACAGUUGAAGAUGCAAAUAAAGUAAUUCAAAAAGAAGUUGAACAACUUUUCGACAGUAUAAAAGACAAGAUGAAAUUACAAAUGGGAAACCAGCAAUCAUCAGUGGAAUUUUUCCGUUCAGAAAACAACGGAAUCAAACUUCGACAUUUUGUUUUGACAAAAGUUGGAUCUCCUUCGGCUCAAAUCUGGAAUCAACAAAGUAUCGAUGGAAUUAUGAAUAUUUUACAAGGAGCAACCAACACAAGACGAAAUCUCAACGUUAUUGGCGAAAUGAUCAAUUUUAUCAAUACAAAACUGCCGCAAAUCUUUAUCACUGAAAAGGGUGAGGGUGAGGGUUCUCAACAAAAAUUCGAAGUACAACUGAACGCAAAAAAAACAAACAUUGUACUGUCUCAACGUCAAGAAUUAGAAGAUCUUUCACUAAAUCCUGUCGAAUUAACUCUUUCACCGAACCUUGCCUAUGAUGAAGCCGGUUAUUUCAUCGGAAUCGGUUCUAUAGAUCAUGGGCAAUGGCAACCAUUUUACGAUUUAUAUGAAACCGAUGAUGACAUUUAUGUGAUUAUUGAUCUUGCUGGUUUUAAAAAAGAAAAUGUGAAAAUUAAAGUUAUGGAAAAGGCUAUUGUUUUGGAAGGUUCUAGAGACGAUCUAAAAACAAAGUUACAACAAUCAGUUGUUCAUCAUCAAAAAAUUCCUUUCGGAAAGUUUAAAUUAGAUAUUCCACUGCCCGCUGAAAUUGAAACUGUUGGAACUAAAUUGGAACGCGAUGAUGGUUUAUACAAAAUCAAAUGUCCAAAAAAGAAAGUUAUAGUCGUAUAUUUAGAGUAA